AACAUGUUUGUCUUUGUAAUCUGUCUGUAUGUCAAAUUGAAUUGCUUGUUCACCAUCACAGAAAAGAAGUUUCUAGCCGGUAUAAAUUUACUUGAACGCAAUUCACGCAACUCCUUUUGUUUUUGCUGAUAUUUUGUGGUUUUAUUUACGCAGUAAACUCGUGCGACAGGAAAAAUGAGCUGCCCUAUUAGCGACGAGCAUAUAUCACAGUUGAAGUCAUUUAUAGAGAUGUGCAGGAAUACGCCGCAAGUUAUUCAUCAUCCGAAGCUGUCUUUCUUCAAAGACUACUUGGCAUCGUUUGGAGUGUCCAUUCCUACGGCAGGAUUUUCUACAAAGAAUUCUGCGCCAUCUGGAGACAGUGGAGCAAACAAUAAGCCUGAAGCAGCUCAGUCAUCAGAUGAUGAGCCCGAAGUAGAGUCAGAUGUGGAAUUGGAUAUGGAUGGAGUCGUAGAGCCUGAUGUUUUGAGUGACAGUCAGGUGAUGGGUGACCUGUCAAAAGAAGAAGUGUCUGAUGAAGAACGUGACCAAUCUGAUGAGAAACGAUCUGAGGCAAUGAGAGCAUUCUCAGAACAGAAAUUUGAUGAAGCAUUGAAACUGUACAAUGAAGCCAUAUUGCUAAACCCGCUUAGUGCUUUACUUUUCGCCAAAAGAGGUCAAAUUUACCUAAAGCUCAACAAGCCGAAUGCUUGCAUCAAGGACUGUACUAGAGCCCUGGAACUGAACUGCGACAGUGCUGCUGCAUACAAGUUUCGGGGACGCGCUUAUAGGUUGCUUGGCAAGUUUGAGGAGGCAUCCCACGACCUCUGCGAGUCUCUCAAGAUCGACUAUGACGAUCAGGCCAACGAGUGGCUCAACGAGGUGAAGCCCAACGCUGAGAAACUGCGACAGCACAAGCUCACUGUACAGAGAAAGAAGGAGGAAAAAGAGCACCGCGAGAAGCUGCGUCGCCUGCACGCGGCGCGGGAGGCGCGGUCGCGGGCGCGCGGCGCGGACGCGGGCGGCUUCCCCGGCGCCGGCGCCGGCUUCAACCCGCAGGACUUCAGCAGUCUGCUCAUGGACCCCGACAUCAUGGCUGCCUUCCAGGACCCAGAAGUAACAGCGGCGUUCCAAGACGUGUCGGCGAACCCGGCCAAUUUCGUGAAAUAUCAGAACAAUCCUAAGAUCGCAGCGGUGAUUGAGAAGCUGCAGGGGAAACUGGGGAAAGGCGGCGGCUUGUUUUCGGGAGGUUUCCCAGGUUUCGGCGGCGCCGGCGGGCCGGACUCGGGCCCGAAGCCCCCCACGGACGAUGACGUGGGCCUGGACUAAACCUUCAUCUAUACAUUCCUGCGGAAACAUUACUAACUACAGUCUUAUUCAUACAAUCUCAUAUCUAACUUAUGAUGUAAUAAAUUGUUUGGUAGUUUAUAUCCUUUAGAUUACAUUUCGUUUUUCAAAUUGUACAGAUUGUACAAAAUAAGACUGACUAUAAUAUUCGGGAUUCCGGAUUCUUGCUAGUUGUCAUUACGGAUCAUUCUCACUAGUUCCACUGGCAAAUAGUUUCAUGGAACAAGUCAGUUUUUUUCUCAGUAGUUCCAUUGACGCUUCAAAGACAAUGGAACAACUGAGAAAAAAAAAUCUCACUUGUUCCAUGGACUUAUUUGCCAGUGGAACUAGUGAGAAUGAUCCGCCAUUUCUUGGUUGGUUUCGUUUUUUUAUUAUUAUUGUUAAGCACAGUCAAGCGUUAUAGAUUGAGAGAGUAUUUAUAUUACAUACCCCGUGUCCGUCUGGAAAUCAACUACACACUAUCGGCGAUCUCUGACAGAUGCCGAUGCGAAUGAACAUAUAUUGCGUAGUUUGAAUGUGAAAUUUUUAUUAUCGCAAGGAAAAUCCAGCAAUGUAUGUCGACCUCUUUAUAGACAGACCAUUCAGACCGUUGAGAUUAGGAAUGUUGCAUGUAUUUUGUUUCUAGCUGUUCAUAUUACGUGCUUUCAAAGAAAUAAGCCCACGCCACUAAUGUUCACGGCAAGUUGUAAUAUAAAUACUCUCUUAGAAUUAUACUUGGUCACAAUAUUAUAAGUUAGCAUUAGCUGAUUAAGUAGGUACACUAUGACUUGUGCUCAUGUAGGUACACAAUUUUUAUGCAAGAGUUCUGUCUGUGUAUUGAGAAAUGCUGACAGAAGAUCUAUAUUCAAAUAAGAAUGAUUGGAUGAAGAAAUGAAUUUGAAUUAGUUUCAGACUCAUGAUCAACAUUUUGAUUUGAAUUACGAUCGAUUGAUUACGAACUUACUUUUCAUUAAAACAAUUCAUUUCACCAGUAAUUUCUUCUAACAUUCUUGAUUGGAAUAUAAGGUGAUUAUUGGGUGCUUUAUAGCGUGGCCUUGCUAAAUAUAUUUGUGUUUAUUUUAUAACAAAUAACCUGAACUUCAAUACGCCUAUGACACUUUGCAAUCUGUCGCGCAACUAGAAAGGGAUGUGUUUACAAAACAAAUAGUAAUGACUUUCUUUUCUAUUGCAUAAGUGCAUCGCUUACUGUCAGCAACAGAUUGCUAGUCAAAUUGCAAAGAGAGUAAGCUUUUACUUUUCAUUUGAUACAUCUUUUGUGGGAUUUGAUUAAUUCAUCACUUAUUUUUAGUUAUAAUUAUUAUUUGUAACUAAGAACAACGUUUAAAUUAAUAAACUUUAUGUUUUAUUAUAUGUAAUGCAAUGUAAUAAAUAAUGGGUUUGUUAUAAAAACAGCUUUGAAAAUCCAGUAAUGUAAAGGGCAAUUACUGCUAUUUACUAACAUUGUACAUGUACUGUUGCAAGCUUUUAUAGAUUACUCCUGCAAAACGAUCGAUUGUAUAAGCAUUGAAAGAUGUUUCAUAAUAUUGAAAAUAAGUACUUAUAGUCGCACUUUAUUUUGAUGUUUAAUAAAAUUGUGUAAGUA